UCCAUGAUGUCCAUUCUCCAUAACACAACAACAACUAUACUGCCCUUUUAAUGACGGAUAUGCCUCCAAAGUCAAAGUCAGAUCUAUCCUUCACAAACCCCACUUCUAUUUCUCUUCUCCAUUCUCUUCUCUACCAUUUCUAUUUUUCACCUUCCACAAUAUUCUUCCUUGUAAAUAAAUUAACAUGCCAACUCAACAUUUUUACUCUUCUUCCCUUCUUCUUCUUCUUCUUCUUUCCAUUCUCUUCCUCUCCAAAACAUGUUUCUGCGGUAUUCAACAUAUUGGCUCCAUCUCACCUGGAACCCAAGGCUCACAAAUGAAUUGGAUUGACAGAAACGGACAAUUCCUCUUAUCAAACUCUCUUAACUUCGCUUUUGCUUUUGUCACUACACCCGACGACACCACCAAGUUUCAUUUGGUUAUCCUCCACGUGGCAACUUCAACGGUUAUUUGGACUGCAAAUAGAGCAACACCCAUUUCCAAUUCUGAUAAUUUCGUCUUUGAUAAAAAGGGUAAUGCUUUUUUACAAAAAGAUGGACUUUUUAUUUGGUCUACCAACACAACCAACAAAGGGGUUUCUUCAAUGCACUUGAAAGAUAAUGGAAAUUUGGUUAUGCUUGGGAAGGAUAAUACUACUUUGAUUUGGCAAAGUUUUGAUUUUCCAACUGAUACUUUGAUGCCUCAACAGCUUUUCAAUGAGGGAAUGAAACUCACUACUCAAACUAGUUCAAAUAAUUUGACCUAUCUUCUUGAGAUCAAAUCUGGUAAUGUUAUUCUUUCAGCUGGUUUCAAUGUUCCACAGAUUUAUUGGACUAUGCAGAAGGAUAACCGAAAAACUAUCGAUAAAGACGGUGAUGUUGUUGCUUUUGCAAAUCUCACUGACAAUUCUUGGAGGUUUUAUGAUAAGAAUAAGUCUUUGUUGUGGCAAUUCAUUUUCUCUGAUGAUGCAGGUGUAAAUGAUACUUGGGUUGCUGUUUUGGGAAAAGAUGGUGUUAUUACUUUCUCUAAUCUCAAUAGUGGUGGAUCAAAUGGUGCUUCUUCAACUAGAAUACCACAGGAUCCUUGUGGUACACCAGAACCUUGUGAUCCUUACAACAUAUGCACAAGUAACCGUAGGUGUAGUUGUCCUUCUGUUCUUCCUAGUUGUAAACCGGGUUUUGUUUCUCCUUGUGAUGGUAAAUUACAAAAAUCUAUUCAAUUUGUUAAAGCUGAUGAUGGAUUGAGUUAUUUUGCUCUUGAUUUUAUUCAGCCCUUUUCGAAAACCGAUUUGGCCGGUUGUCAAAAGUCUUGCCGUGGAAAUUGUUCUUGUCUUGCAAUGUUCUUUCAUAGAAGUUCAGGAAACUGUUUCCUUUUGGAAAGUUUAGGAAGUUUUCGGAAAUCUGAUGAUGCUGCUGAUUCUGGUUAUGUUUCUUACAUUAAAGUUUCAAGUGAUCGAAGCAAAAGAGGAAGUGGAAACAGUAGUAAUAAGCAUGUUGUAGUUGUUGUGGUAAUUGUCAUAUUAACUUUGUUUGUUAUUUCUGUUAUGCUCUUUGUUGGGGUUAGAUACUACAGGAAAAAGAAAAGGUUACCUGAGUCUCCUAGAGAGGAUUCUGAAGAGGACAAUUUCUUGGAGAAUUUAACCGGUAUGCCGAUUCGUUUCCGCUACAAAGAUCUCGAACUAGCAACUAAUAACUUUUCUGUGAAGCUUGGUCAAGGUGGUUUUGGUUCAGUUUAUCAAGGAGUUCUACCUGAUGGAACUCAAUUAGCUGUGAAGAAGCUUGAAGGUAUCGGUCAAGGGAAGAAAGAGUUCAGAGCUGAAGUUAGCAUCAUCGGUAGUAUUCAUCAUCUUAACUUGGUAAGGCUUAAAGGUUUUUGUGCUGAUGGAACUCAUAGGCUUCUAGUUUAUGAGUACAUGGCUAAUAACUCAUUGGAUAAAUGGAUUUUCAAGAAGAAAAAAAGUGAAUUUCUUUUGGAUUGGGAUACAAGGUUUAACAUAGCAUUAGGAACAGCAAAAGGGUUGGCUUAUCUUCAUGAAGAUUGUGACUCAAAGAUUGUUCAUUGUGACAUCAAACCUGAAAAUGUGCUUCUAGAUGAUCAUUUCAUGGCCAAAGUUUCAGAUUUUGGUUUAGCCAAACUAAUGAAUAGAGAACAAAGCCACGUUUUCACAACACUAAGAGGAACACGUGGUUACCUUGCACCUGAAUGGAUAACAAACUAUGCUAUAUCAGAGAAAAGUGAUGUAUACAGCUAUGGUAUGGUGCUGCUAGAAAUCAUUGGUGGAAGGAAAAACUAUGAUGCUAAUGAGACAUCAGAGAAAUCCCAUUUUCCUACUUUUGCUUUUAAGAUGAUGGAAGAAGGGAAAGUGAAAGAUAUACUUGAUUCAGAGCUGAAAAUUGAUGAACAUGAUGAUAGAGUAUAUUGUGCUAUAAGGGUUGCAUUGUGGUGUAUACAAGAAGACAUGUCAAUGAGACCUUCUAUGACUAAAGUUGUUCAAAUGUUAGAGGGUCUUUGCAUUGUGCCUAAACCACCAACAAGUUCUUAUUUGGGCUCUCGCCUUUACUCUUCUAUGUUCAAAUCAUCAAGUGAAGGUGGCACAUCUUCUGCCCCAUCAGAUUGUAAUAGUGAUGCUUAUUUAUCAGCUGUUCGUCUUUCUGGCCCAAGAUAACAUUUGUUCUCUCUCUUUUCUUUUUCUUUUUUAUUUGAGUGUUAUUAUUGUAAUAUGUAGUCCAUGUUGAGGAAAUUGGUAUGCAAUUCUUAGCUAUUCAGCCUUGCUUACUCUUGUACAGGACUUUUACGCUUCUUUCUUGUAAAUUUAUUUUGUUUCAAAGUUCUUCGAAUCUUCUUGUACUACUAGCAUAUAUCUAUAGUAUUAAAUUAAAUUUUAGA